GUCCAGUCGGCCCCAGAAUUCGUUAACAUGACCGGUGUCCACGUGCUUUCGUUUGCCAGCGCCAGUGCCUUCAAGAGCGAGAUCGCCAAGCCCGAGUACCAAGGCAAGCUGAUUGUCGUGGACUUCACGGCCACGUGGUGCGGUCCUUGCCAAGGGAUCAAGCCCCGCGUGCACGACUUGGCGCGGGAAGAGCCCAGCGUCGUGUUCUUUGAGAUCGACGUCGACGAAAGCGACAGCUGCAGCGGGGAGCUCGGCAUCUCCGCCAUGCCCACGUUCCAUCUCUACAAGGAUUCCGCCAAGGUCGGCGAACUCGUGGGUGCCAAUUUCGCGGCAUUGAAGGCGUUGAUCGACCAGAACAAGUAGUAAAUCCCGUUAAUCGAAGUACACCACGUCAUCGA